GCUCCAGAUCCGUGCGGGAUCCGGGUCUUCUCAUUUGGUCGAAUCGGGAACCGUUUUACCUCUCAAGAUUCAUAGGGACGAAGAGAGUGGGAAGAUUCUGAAUUUGGUGUUUGUUUGGGCUGAGGACGGAAUGAAAUUGAAAGUGGAUGUGCCUGUUAUUUUCAAAGGGGAAGAUGUUUGUCCUGGUAUUCAGAAAGGAGGAAUUUUGAACAAAAUCAGACCUAGUCUAAAAUAUCUUGGCCCAUCUGAGCACAUUCCUUCAAAAAUUGUUGUGGAUGUGAGCAAUCUAGAUAUUGAAGAUAGAAUAUUCAUGCGUGACAUUGAGGUCCAUCCAUCCUUGAAGCUUCUCAGUAAGAAUGAAAACAUGCCCAUAUGUAAAGUAGUUCCAACAAGCUUGGGAAACCGAGAACCUAUUGUGGAGUGAUCACUGAGGAUGAGUACAAGCACGUUUCGAAAAAUGGAGAAGACAUGCGAUUUCCAAAUAAGCAGAGCUAACAUAUCAGUUUGGUGAUGUUUUCUAGCAUUAACGAGUACAAGCACCAGAUAUUAGAACUAUUUUGUAUGUUGGACGAAACUGACGUUUCAAUAUAGUGACUGUUUAUUUCUAAUGGAUUGUUGGUUUCCUGGUCGUAAGAGUUUGAUAUUGAAGUUCUUGAACAUGACCUGGGAUAUAGUAAUUUAAGCACGCAUCUGUAAGCACCGUUUUGCAAGUGGCAUGUCUCGGUGAAUGGUAUAUCGGAAGCACAAGCAUAGAUUCUCUGAAUUUCUCUUAUUAUUAA